AUGAGAACACAGUAUACUCUUAUUAUUACAUCUUGUUUUCUUAAGGCUUUCUUCUUUUACUAUAUUUGGUUAUUAGAGUGUAUUUACUACUUAACUAGUGUCGGUGUUAGAAUUAUGAUAUCAACUUUAGAACUUUCUACUAAAUUAGCUUUAUACCAACCUGACACAGUUUAUCCAGCACUACUACACUAUCCCAAUAUGAAUAUGUUCUUAUAUGUGAUAAAUCCAAUAUCCAAGUGUCUGGAUCACCACAUUGCAAAUCAUUUUGAGAUUUGUGAUAUGAGAAAGAAAAAGCCAUCUAUGAGUAACCCCCAAUUGGCUGAAUGGGCAAAGGAAACCUUUGGUCUUCAAAAAGCUUCUGAUGCUUCUACAAUCUCAAAGAUUUUGAAGAGAAAAGACCAGGGCUUAUAA